AUGGGCUGCACCGUGAGCGCCGAGGACAAGGCGGCAGCCGAGCGCUCUAAGAUGAUCGACAAGAACCUGCGGGAGGACGGCGAGAAGGCAGCGCGGGAGGUGAAGUUGCUUCUGUUAGGUGCUGGGGAGUCAGGGAAGAGCACCAUCGUCAAGCAGAUGAAGAUCAUCCAUGAAGAUGGCUAUUCAGAGGAAGAAUGUCGGCAGUAUCGUGCGGUUGUCUACAGCAACACCAUCCAGUCCAUCAUGGCCAUUGUCAAGGCCAUGGGCAACCUGCAGAUUGACUUUGCCGACCCCCAGCGUGCGGACGAUGCCAGGCAGCUGUUUGCACUGUCCUGUGCUGCUGAGGAGCAAGGUAUGCUUCCUGAAGAUCUGUCCGGCGUCAUCCGGAGGCUCUGGGCUGACCAUGGUGUGCAAGCCUGCUUUGGUCGCUCACGGGAAUACCAGCUCAAUGAUUCAGCCGCUUAUUACCUGAACGACCUGGAGCGCAUUGCACAGAGUGACUACAUCCCUACGCAGCAGGAUGUACUGCGGACCCGUGUGAAAACCACGGGCAUUGUGGAAACACACUUCACCUUCAAGGACUUACACUUCAAGAUGUUCGAUGUGGGUGGUCAGCGAUCUGAGCGGAAGAAGUGGAUCCACUGCUUUGAGGGUGUCACGGCCAUCAUCUUCUGUGUCGCCUUGAGCGCCUAUGACUUGGUGCUGGCUGAGGAUGAGGAGAUGAAUCGCAUGCAUGAGAGUAUGAAGCUGUUUGACAGCAUCUGCAACAACAAGUGGUUCACAGACACCUCUAUCAUCCUCUUCCUCAACAAGAAGGACCUGUUUGAAGAGAAGAUCACACAGAGCCCUCUGACCAUCUGUUUCCCCGAGUACACAGGGGCCAACAAGUAUGACGAGGCUGCCAGCUACAUCCAGAGCAAGUUUGAGGACCUGAAUAAGCGCAAAGACACCAAGGAGAUAUACACGCACUUCACGUGCGCCACCGACACCAAGAACGUGCAGUUUGUGUUUGAUGCCGUCACCGACGUCAUCAUCAAGAAUAACCUGAAGGACUGUGGCCUCUUCUGAGGGGCAGCAGGCCUGGCAGGAUGGGCCACCGCCGACUCUGCUCCCUGCUACCCCUGAGGAAGAUGGGGGCAAGAAGACCAUGCUCCCUGCCUGUUCCCCCGCCCCACCCCCAGCUGCUUCUCCCAUCUUUUCUCUCUGUUCUCAGCUCCCCUGUCCCCUCCCUUGGCUCUAGACUUGGGGGAGGGGUUGCCACAGGCCUCUCCGUUUGAAGCCCACCCUUGUCUGAGGGGCCGGGAGUGGCCAUGGUACACCCUUCUUGGGCAUCUGUUCUGGUUUUCCAACCGUUGUCUUGUUCUGGGGUGAGGGGAGCGCAUGCGGAAUUUCCCAAGGCCUGUGUCUGGAGGGGUACCCACUUCUCCAGCCUAGACCCCUGGCUUUGUCCAACACCAGCCCUGACCCAAGUCCAAAUGUUUACAGGGAGCCUCCUGCCUACCCUACCCUUUGCCGCUCGGAGGCCCCAAAGGAAAAAGCACAAGAAGCAAGAGAGACCACCAUUCCUGGAGACACAGUCCACCUGCUCAUUCUCGUAGCUUUAAAAAAAAAA